GGUCUGGAGGGCGGACCCUUGCGUUCGGGAGCCCAGCUGCAAGCCGGGCGGGGAGCGAAGCCACGCGUCUCUUCGGGUAUCCAGUUUCACACGCGCCAGUUUGCGGUUCCAGGUGUCCCUUUAAGCUCUAGCACCCAGGUGCGGGCAACUGGAGGCGCAGAGCCAAAUACUCUGCGCCCAGAUCACCUCCCCAGAUUUAGCGGGGACCAGGGCUUCAGGGCUUCCGCCCCCCGCCACUAGGUCAGAUCGCGGGCUUGGAGGAGCGCGAGCCCCACCCUAAAAAGAGGGCGCAGCCGGGAGCUGGGAAACGGGUGCCGCGCCGUGGGCACCGUCCUAGUGGCUGGGAGCGCACGGAGGAGGGGACAUGAGAUCGGAGAAAUCCCUUACGCUGGCGGCGCCGGGGGAGGUCCGUGGGCCGGAGGGGGAGCAACAGGAUGCGGGAGACUUCCCGGAGACUGGCGGGGGCGGGGGCUGUUGUAGCAGCGAGCGCCUGGUGAUCAAUAUCUCCGGGCUGCGCUUCGAGACACAGUUGCGCACCCUGUCCCUGUUUCCGGACACGCUACUGGGGGACCCCGGCCGCCGCGUCCGCUUCUUCGAUCCCCUGAGGAACGAGUACUUCUUCGACCGUAACCGGCCCAGCUUUGAUGCCAUCCUCUACUAUUACCAGUCUGGGGGCCGCCUGCGGAGGCCGGUCAACGUGCCCCUGGACAUCUUCCUGGAGGAGAUCCGCUUCUACCAACUGGGGGAUGAGGCCCUGGCGGCCUUCAGGGAGGACGAGGGCUGCCUGCCUGAAGGUGGGGAGGACGAGAAGCCACUGCCCUCCCAGCCCUUCCAGCGCCAGGUCUGGCUGCUCUUUGAGUACCCGGAGAGCUCGGGGCCGGCCCGGGGAAUAGCCAUCGUCUCCGUGUUGGUCAUUCUUAUCUCCAUCGUCAUCUUUUGCUUGGAGACCUUACCCCAGUUCCGGGCGGAACCUCGAGGUGGAAGCAAUGGUGGUGGUGUGAGCCGAGUGUCCCCAAUCUCCAGGGGGAGUCAAGAGGAAGAGGAGGAUGGAGACGAUUCCUAUAAAUUUAAUCCCGGUAUCACCACUGGGGGUAUGGUGGCAGGGGGGUCAUCCUCACUAAGUACUCUUGGGGGCUCCUUCUUUACGGACCCUUUCUUUCUGGUGGAGACGCUGUGCAUCGUUUGGUUCACCUUUGAGCUCCUGGUGCGCUUCUCCGCCUGUCCCAGCAAGCCAGCCUUCUUCCGGAACAUCAUGAAUAUCAUUGACUUGGUGGCCAUCUUCCCCUACUUCAUCACCCUAGGCACUGAGCUGGUGCAGCAGCAGGAGCAGCAGCCAGUGAGUGGAGGGGGCGGCCAGAAUGGGCAGCAGGCCAUGUCCCUGGCCAUCCUCAGAGUGAUCCGCCUGGUCCGGGUGUUUCGCAUCUUCAAGCUCUCCCGCCACUCCAAGGGGCUCCAGAUCCUGGGCAAGACCCUGCAGGCCUCCAUGCGGGAGCUGGGCCUGCUCAUCUUCUUCCUCUUCAUCGGAGUCAUCCUCUUCUCCAGCGCCGUCUACUUCGCUGAGGCUGAUGAUGAUGAUUCGCUCUUUCCCAGCAUCCCAGAUGCCUUCUGGUGGGCAGUGGUUACCAUGACCACGGUGGGCUAUGGGGACAUGUACCCCAUGACAGUGGGGGGCAAGAUCGUGGGCUCGCUCUGCGCCAUCGCUGGGGUCCUCACCAUCGCCCUGCCCGUGCCUGUCAUCGUCUCCAACUUCAACUACUUCUACCAUCGCGAGACGGAGCAGGAGGAGCAAGGUCAGUACACCCACGUCACCUGUGGGCAGCCGACACCAGACCUGAAGGCAGCUGACAGUGGACUUGGCAAGCCUGACUUCUCUGAGGCUGCCCGGGAAAGGAGACCCAGCUACCUUCCCACUCCUCAUCGCAUGUAUGCAGAGAAAAGGAUGCUCACUGAAGUCUGACUGAUGGAGGCAGGGCUUACAGGAGAAGAUGGCACUGAGCAAACAAUCUCCUAUGCUUCUUUCCCAUCCUCCUCUACCCUUACCCUAGCUCCAGAUGACUUCCUGACCUCCUCUCCUGCACUCAGUGGAGAGCUUCCAGGACCAAACGCUGGAACGUAUACCUUGUUGCUUGGUCCCUGCAAUAUUCAAGGUUUAUCCACCUCAGUGACGGUUUUGAAAUUCCUACGGUGCCACCCAAUCAUGCUCAUCUUGUUACAUGGAUUGAAAUAUACAUUUCCCCCUGACCUUCCCUCAAGACUCUAAUUUUGCAUAUCUGGGACCUUAAUAUCUCUAGGAACAGAGAUGUCAACAGGAUGGAAACCAGGCAUCCCAGCCCAGGGCCGCGUCUCUCUCCUUAGUUUACUUUGCUUUGGGGCAUGCACCUGUGUUAGCUUCUGGCCUCUUGGUACCUGGCAGAAACUGGGGGACAGAAAUGGUACUCACCGGCUGUUUUAUUCCAGUGCCCUGUAACACCUGCUGGUCAUCCUGCACAGGACCCCUCAGUAGGGCCUUCAGUAGCACAGUCUCCAAAUGUGUUACUCAUCUCUAACCUUGGAUGGAACUCGAUAAACUACAAUUGAACUUGACUAUGUGGAGGAUAGUAGGGUCAGUCCUGGACAAAGGGAGCCAAUGGAUUCUUCCAGGUGUGUUUUGGCACAGCAGAUAUCGGUCUUUGGGCUAUAUUCAGUCCUUCCCACUCCAAUCCCCUAACUCUCUCUAGCUUCCAGGAAGGUUCCUGCUCAGAGCCAAAUACUCUUUAUGCACGAGUGCCUUCCUGUGCAGAAGAACUGGAAAAAAGGGAAUCACAGAGCCAGGAGAAAUGGCUGAAGAGAGUCAAGCAACUGGCUGGAUGACAAAUUCUUAACUAGACAUUCUUAACUCCAAGGGGUAGAGGAAUCUUGUUGCAGACUGCAGAUUUCUCUCCUUCGCUACGCCCCCCACCCCGUCCCCCCGCCCCCUAGGACUCUCUGUAGCCUUCUACCCUUCUUGGGAAUCGGAUUUAGCAUUGCAGUUGAAGGCUUUCUAAUGCAAACUCCAGCUGAAAUCCCAGGCAGGCAAAAGCACACACUGGAUGCUAGCAUGGGUCUCUUCCCAUUUUAUGGGCAAUGAAAUGCGUGGUUUAGAGUAAGCAACAACCAUUAUUCCUUUGCUGACAGCCCCACUGCUAGAGGUUUUUUUUGCUGAGUCAAGCAAACAUUUGCCUGCUCUUCACUUGGAGCUGUGCUGACUUCCUCUUACUGGUAAGGUAACCUGGUGGUUUACAGCCUUGGAUUAAGCCAUCCUCCUCCAUUGUGAAACUGCUGCCUUCCAUCCCACCCCCCACACCCCCUCAUUUCUCACCCAGUAACAUUGUCAUUCAUUUUUUAGCCUCGAUAAACUGUGAUGUACUAUUCCGAGCUUUUCUGGGUGCAGCUCAGAAACCGAAAGGACUGUUAACAUAUUUUUAAUUUUAUAUCUAUGCUUUGAAACUCUUUGAUGAGAAUUAAUUUGUUUUCCUCCUCAAAGAGAGACUUAUGGGGGAUGGCCCUUUGAGGGUUUGCUUGAGGAGCAAUGUGGCUCCUGUGAGUGCCAGAUUUAAAACUGGAUUUUGCCAUAGCUUUAACAGGGUAAUUCGAGAACCAUGUUCCCUCUUUGUGCCUCAGUUUCCCCGCCCAUUAAAUGGGACCAUUAAUGUCUUCCCCUUCUUACCUCGUGGGGAGUGUUGAUGAGCUUGCCUGGGAAGCUGGGGUGAUGCUAUGCAAAUGUGGGAAUUUUAGCCACUGACUUGAUUUUUAGUUCACUGCCCUGUAUCCCCAGGCAAGGCUCUCCCCAACCCCAACCCAACUUCCUGCCUUGGAUGCAAAGCCCAAGAAUAGGUGAUUAUGGGCCAUUAGUUCCCUAAAUCUGCCCUUGGCCUCUGGGAUGGGCCUGAAUCUUUCUUCUUACCCUUCAGAUAGGAGGAUGCUCCUUAGGCAGGUUCUCUGGGAUCCUUCCAGGGAUGGAGGUCACCUUGACUGGGAGCUUUCCUUCUCCAGACCUGAAGGACAGUAGGAGAUAGAAACCUACGAGUUCAUGGUUCAGAAACCUCCUCUGAGGCCAGAAUCUGAAUCUCGUCAGUUACUCCUGGCUACCUGGGGAAAGAAGAGAAGGGCCCACUCCAGAAGCAAAAGGGAUGCUCCAGGGAGGAUAAUGUUGGCACAUGUCUGCAGGUAUCCCUCUAUAUGUGUAUGCCAUCCUCCUUCUCACCAUCCCUUAGGAAACAUUUCCUUUUCAAGUCAGAGCAUGCCCAAAAGUAAAGGGUUUGUGGAAAGCUGGGCUCUCUAGGGACUCUGGUUGCCAUAGCAACCUGCCAGCCUGUUCUCUCCAUCUUCUGAUUUGGGCAGCAAGGGACAACAUUUUCUCAGCUUCCCAAAUGGGAGAAUCUCCCAUGUAUUGGUUUAGGGGCUGGUCGUGCCAGGACAGGAAUGAGUGACCUUUGGAAAAUGUGGGGAAAGCAGAGCCCCACAAUUUCCUUCCUGGAUCCUUCUUCUGUUUACCCCACCCAGUCAUUGAAGCUGCCUCAUCUUACCUCUGACUCUUCAGAAACUUGAAUGCCAAGCACCUGCCCAGUUAAACCGACAUCAAUAUCAUCUUUUUCAAAAUGACAAGGGGAGCCCUUGGAGAGCCUCGCAGAGAGUAACCAUAGUUUUUGGUGUCACAGAGCUCUUGUGUCAGGGGAAGGCUCUUCCCUCUCGAACAGAGUAAGAGAUAAAUGAAAUCCUUCCUCCCGGGGAACAAUCUACCCCCUGGGAGAAAUCUCUUAGGUGGUUUUCCUUAGGACAAUGAAGAAAAACUGAGAGUCUGGACCCUGAACUAGUUUCCUUGAAGGAUUUUGCCAGGUGAGCCCUCUCAGCCUUUUUAUGUGGAAUUUGCAUCCUGUGCACCUAGAGAAUAUGUACUUUGUGUUGCUGCGACAGCUGGGGCAGCUGUUUCAAAGCUGCUGGGGAAAGGUGGGAUUCAAGCUGUGGUUACCCCUGACUCAAGCCAGCAGGAGCUCCCGAAGGACUUUCUGGAACUGUCAGCCUCAGCCUGAGACCCGGGAGAGUCCUCCUUCCUGCCUGAUGGUCCUGAAGGAGAGAGGAGGCACAGCUCGCUGUCUUUCCAUCUGAGAUAUUCCCUGUUGGUUUCAGCUUUUGGUGGGAUCUGCUGUCUUUGAAGUUCAUUGGCCCAAAAGCUAAAUGGAAUCGUGUCCAACAUUAUUGCCUUGGGGUGGUCCAAGCAAGAAGACUUAGGCAUACAUUUUGGAUAGAGACUGGAUGGAGACGGCCGAGCCCUUACCUUCUCGGGAAGACCAGGGUCAUCCUUGGGUGAUCUGGCCUGACUCCCUUCGGUGGCCUCCCACAGGCAGCAACGGGGCCAGGAAAAGCUGAGGCUGGACGUAUGGCCUUACAGAUGGGGUCCAGGAUAGAGGGGGAGAGGGAACGCUGGUGGUGUGGGCAAGAGAAACAAGGUGUGGGGAGGUUAGGGGUUGGGGGAUUCCAGAAAGUGCAUGGCUGUGUUACAGAUCCACCCAGGAAAAGCGUGGCUUGAAAGAAUAACAAAUAAACAUGGCAAAGUCUCAAAAGCUGUGUAUCACGCCGUGGGCAGACAUUCACAGCUAAGUUAAGCAGACAAGCCGAGGAGCCUUGGCAGAUACUCAAGAUGCCGAGCACCCAGGAGUUCAUUGCCACCUAUAGGAAUGUGUUCAUCACCCACAGAUCAGCAGAAAAAGUGCCUGAUUGCCCACUGCAGUGACCCAGCCUGUAGGCAGAGACUUCUCCAAGAAGACAAGACAUCUAACAGGUGGUCUAGGACUUCGUAUCUGCCUCUUAUACAUACAUGACUGUGGGCAAAUAUCAAGGUCCGAGAUAAUAUUUCCCAUGGGUUUUCAGCUUCUUUCUCACUGUCUGCCUUGCUCUCUGGCAUAGGAGGGUGCAGGGCCCAGAAGAUGACAUGUCUGUGUUCUCCCAGCCCAGCAAGGAUGGCCUUUCUAGUUUGUAACCCACGUUACUCUUCUUGUGGUUGACAACUGUUGGUUCCUGGCCUGCCCUCAGUGGAAGGAGAGUAACUCUGCCUCUGGAGACUUCCUUCCUCACCCACGCAACUCUCUCUUCUGCCCUCUUCCAGGGUUUCUCCAGAGUGGGUAAUUCCUGCUAGCAGCCACUCCUCCAAAUACCUUUCCUCUUGGUGACAGAACACCUUAGGAUGUUUUCCUUGCACUGAAUUUGCUUCCCUAAUUAGGCAUUGCUGGGGUUACAGUUGCUUUAAUUCCCAGACCUUUUGGAUAUGUCUGAGGGCCAGGGGUUCAUGACCACACUGCAGAAAUCCUGGCAGUCGGGACCAUCUUUCUCCCCAUGCGUCCACCUCAUGUCCACCUGAAGCAGAAUUACUGUCACUGGCGAAGGAGUGAGUGAGGAAAUGAAUGAAUGAAGUGUUGACUCUGGUAAAUACAUACAGUCAGAGCACCUGCAAAUAAUCGGGAGCUUACACAUUGUUUACUACGAGUGAGUGAAGGUGGUUAUUAAACAUCCCCUGACACACACACACACACACACACACACACACACAUACCCACACCCUUUCUCUCCCAGGCUUCUCUUCUUACUAAACAAGUUCAAUGACUGACUUUUCUGGUGAAGGUCUAUUUCCCAAACUGUGCCUGCUGUUCUUUUGUUUGUUCAUCCAGUGCUCAUGGAGUGCCUACUGUGUGCCAUGCUUUUCUAGGUGCUGGAGAUAGAUACAUCAGUAAUAAAACCAACAAGUAGCCACAGCCUCAGGGAGGUUAGGUUCUGGUGGGGGAGACAGGUAAUCAGUACAACAAACAACUAAAAUCUAUUGUAUGUUAUAAAA